AUGGCCGUCAGCAAGCGAGUGGCUGGCAGGGAGGGGACAGACCGCUGGCGCGGCCCCGGGCGGGACCAGGCCCCGGCCACCCCGGCCUUUCUCUCCCUGACUGUCUCCCUGUCCCCGCUCUGCCAGAGCGAGUUCCUGCAGGACGCCAGCCCCAAGGACAGGACCUUCCUGCUGGAAAUGGAGGAGCUGCGCAACAUGUUCCUCCAGCGGCCCGGCUGCCCGCAGUUCUGCACCCGGGCCACCUCCAUGUCCAGCUCCGGGAUGACCUCCACCACGACCUUGCCCGUGGAGUGCUGCCUGGGCUCCAAGGCCUGGAAGCCAACCAAGGACUCAGUCUCCAGCCAGCAGGACUUGGACAUGAAGGUGGACGGGCCCCUGCUGCCCGUUAGCCAGAGCGCCGGGGAGCUCGAGUACCUUCGGAAGAAGAGCGGGUCCCAGCAGCUGAGCCCGGCCGCCAGCAGCCCGGCGCUGGACCAGAGCCACCUGAGGAAGCGGGUGCCCUGGUACAUCUCGGUCAUCCACGAGAAGGACCACUGCCUGUCCACGCUGGUGGAGGAGGUGCAGCGCCUCGCCAAGCUGAAGGGGGAGGUGCAGCGGAGGGACGAGGAGAUCCUGGCCCUGCAGGAGGAGCGGGAGGCGCUGAAGAAGCAGCUGAAGUAUCUCCUCAAGAGCAGAGGCCAGGAGCCGUCCGUGCACCAGGUGAGCGGGGCCGGGGGCCGUCCGUGCGCCAGGCUCAGCAUCCUGAAGGACUUCUGCAAGGAGGACGAGCUGCACAGCUGGCGGCAGAUGCAGGAGGAGUUCGUCCUGGCGGACAGGGCCGGGGGCGAGGAGGAAGAGGCGGGCCUGGAGGGGGAAGCCGAGAGGGACCAGGGCGCCGUGGGCAGGAAGGAGGCUGAGGGUGAGGAGGGAGAGGAGGAGCCGCAGGAGCUGGAGCUGGACGAGGAGCGGGAGGCGCAGCAGGACCAGGAGGGCGGCGGCCUGAAGAGGUUCAGCUGCGCGGACGACGCCUUCGAGGAGGAGCUGAUAGCGCAGCUGGAGGAGUACGAGCAGGUGAUCCAGGAGUUCCAGCUGGAGCUCGGGGUCGCCAGGACCAGAUACAACCUGGCCACAGGAGCCUGCAUCUCUCUGCAACGGCAAGUGGACCGCCUGGAGUCGCAGCUGCAGAAGGUCAACAUGGAGCACGAGCUGCUGCAGAAGGAGCUGCGGGAGCGGAAGCAUCAGCUGCAGGCCAUGACCGACAAGUUCUCCAACCUCCGGGAAGAGAAGAAGCAGAAAGAGGUGAUGGGGCUCAUCGAGAAGGACAACCUCCUCCUGCGACAGCAAGUGUGGGAGCUGGAGCAGGAGCUCGCCACGCGGGAACACGCUAUCACGGAGGCCGAGGCCAAGGCGGACCAGCUGCAGGCCCAGGUGAGCCAGUGCCAGAACCACCUGGAGCGGCGGAAGCAGCUGCAGGAGCAGGCGCAGGGCAAGAUCGAGAUGGCGCAGCAGGCGGAGCAGCAGGUCCGGGUGGCGCUGGAGAGCGCGCAGUCCAGGCUUGAAAGACUGCGAAACAAGAUCAUCCAGGCGGCCUUCAGCACCCCCGGGAUCAGAUCCUUUGCCAGCGAGAUCUCUGACAACGACAUUCUGGAUGCCUUGCAG